UUUCCAAUCAAAAUUUUCAAUAUUUACAUUUUUUUUCCAGAAAUAAAAAAAAAUAGGCUGAUUUAAUGUUGAUUCAUUGAUUUACUCAUCCUCAAAUUGUGUUUGUCGCUGGCGACCACUCCCCAGCUCCUUGAGUGGACAGAUUAAAAGGAUAGACCAUGUAACGACCAUGUAACGACCAUGUACUCUAGAUACUCGAGAGGCUCUGACCCUCUUAACCUUUACUUGCUCGUCAAUCCACGCUAAUCCCUCCAAGGUUAAAAGGCUCAUGCCUCUCGCGCAUCAAACAUCUCAUAGCAAGUGGUGAAAAUAGCGCCAGACGCUUCUGGGUUGUCGUCGUUGUCUGAACCUCAGCUCAGUCUCCCGCUCAAUCGCCGACAUGUUUGCCCACAUAUGACUCGCGCCUGCGGCAUAAUCCAUUAAUUGGCGAUGGAGCACCAAUGACAAUUCGUGGCUCAGCAGAGAUUCUCUCAUCACGGUUCCUAGUGGGACCUCGUACACUGACUUGUGAGCGUGAAGAUUAACCCUCUGACCCCUUGGUAGUGCUGGAAGCCUUGCCCCUGUUUCAUCCACUCAGGGGUCUUAAACCCUUACUGAGUCUGUGAUCCAUUUACAACAUGACAUUUGACAUGUUUGAUAUUUAUGGCACAUUGAAUCUUCUGUUAAAUGGGAGUCGGCACACAGCUGCCACCAUUUAAAAGUUCUAGUAGGCUUUUUUUUUAGGGAGGAGGUGGCUUAAGGUUUGGUGCGAACAGACUGCUAUUUUGAACGGUUCAUAAUUCCCUCCGCCUCGUCUCAGGUUACAGGUGAAGAAAAGAGCCCCAAGGCUUGAUGCUGUCACCACCGCGCUUCAAUAAAGGCCUCAUGUUCUUGAGUGAUGAGCAGUGUGGUGAUUUCACCUCGUCGAAAUUAUGGCCAACCAACGUGCGUCGGGGAGUCUUUGUAAUGGUCAAAACAACAGAUCGAAACCGGAGUUCAGACCAUUCAGAGAUUCCCUCAACCAUUUGGCACAAUUUGAUCGACCGGAAACCGGUUGUUCAAAUUUCCUAUCAGUCAGGUAAGGAAAUAGUUGACCAGAAAAGAAAUACUCGCAAUGGAACGAGCGAGUGCCCCGUCAAGGAUCCUUGCGAGUGACCGCCGAACAUCAAGAACAGAUCUAGAGGGCUGCAAAGCUUCUUAGGGCAUAGCCCGCUUACGAUUCCCUUUCUGUGCACAGCAUCCUCAAAUAGACCACACAAAGAUACUUAAGCCAAAAUCCCUCCCUGGUAUUUAAUUCUAAAUGAGUAAUUACUGGGUGUGUCAGUGUGUUUUACGUUUGCAGGUAGGCUGGGUGAAGGAGCUCAUUCGUUCCCUGGCUUUUGAGAGUCCCGCAACCCCGCAAAGUCCUCCGACACGCCGCACCGCAAGAGGGUUUUUCCCUUGGGAGUUGUUGAAGAAGCCAGCCGCGUAAGGGGGGGCGGGGGCGACCACCUACAGCUGCCAAGAUGUGUGACAUGGGGGGACUGGAUAACCUGGUGGCCAACACGGCCUACCUCAAAGCCCAGGGUGGCGAUGACAAGGAGAUGAAAAAACGCCGCCGGAGCUUGUCUCUGCCCAAGCCGGACCAAUGCGCUGCGGCGCGAUCCUCCAUCGAUAAGGACUUCACAUCCAUCUGUGAAUGGCAGCCUAUCGGCAAAAAGUUUUUCCGUCAGUUCCUGGCAACCAAUGCCCAGUAUAAGCUCGCAGGCGAUUUCUUAGACGAGCUCUACGACUGGGAUCUGGCCGAAGGCGCGGUCAAAGACAAGACGCGUCAGAACAUCAUCAACAAGUUUUGCAAAGCCGACUCCAAGAACUUCUUGUCCUUUCUCACCGGGGAGGCGGCUGACAAAUGCAAAGCGGUGACAGAUUCCAACUUCAGUGAGGUGAUGAAAGGCAAAGUCCAGGAAGGCGUGAGAGAGUAUUUGAAGGGAAACCCCUUUACAGAUUACCAGACCAGUCCAUUAUUUGAUAAAUUUCUCCAGUGGAAGGAGUAUGAGAAGCAGCCCAUCAGCGACAAGUACUUCUAUGAGUUCAGGACUCUGGGAAAAGGGGGCUUCGGUGAGGUAUGCGCUGUCCAGGUGAAAAACACAGGCCAGAUGUACGCCUGCAAGAAGUUGUGUAAAAAGCGUCUGAAGAAAAAGGGUGGCGAGAAGAUGGCCCUUUUGGAGAAAAAGAUCUUGGAGAAGGUCAACAGUCUUUUCCUGGUCAACUUGGCCUAUGCUUACGACACCAAGACCCACCUGUGCCUUGUCAUGACCUUGAUGAACGGAGGAGACCUCAAGUACCACAUCUACAAUAUAGGCUAUGACGGCAAGGGUGUGGACAAGGGCAUCGAGAUGAAGCGCAUUGUUCACUACACGGCCCAGAUCACCACCGGUAUUCUUCACCUGCAUGCCAUGAAUAUCAUUUAUCGUGACAUGAAGCCCGAGAACGUGUUGCUGGACAGCGUUGGCCAGUGUCGACUUUCAGAUUUGGGUCUGGCCAUCGAGAUUGCCCCUGGCAAAACCGUCACCCAGAUGGCUGGUACCGGAGCGUACAUGGCCCCGGAAAUUUUGAGCAAAACUCCAUACAGGACGUCAGUGGACUGGUGGGCGCUGGGCUGCAGCAUCUACGAGAUGGUGGCCGGCUACACGCCUUUCAAAGGAGCCGAGAGUAAAAAGGAGAAGGUGGAGAAGGAGGAGGUGCAGCGUCGUAUUCUUAACGAGGAACCCAAGUGGGAGCACAAGUGCUUCGAUGCCACCACAAAAGACAUCAUCCAGCUGUUCCUCAAGAAGAAAAUGGACGAGCGUCUCGGCAUGAAGGACAACAUGGAGGAUCCCAGGAAGCAUCCGUGGUUCAAGAGCAUAAACUUUGCCCGUCUGGAGGCCGGCCUGGUGCCGCCCCCGUGGACGCCCAAGCCCAAUGUGGUCUACGCCAAGGACACAGACGACAUCGCCGAGUUCUCCGAAAUCAAAGGCAUCGAGUUUGACGCCAAAGAUGACAAAUUCUUCAAGGAGUUCAGCACGGGCGCCGUGUCAAUCCAGUGGCAGCAGGAGAUGAUCGAAACGGGACUGUUCGACGAGCUCAACGAUCCCAAUCGGAAAGAGGGCGGCGGAAAUGUGGAUGAUGAAAAGAAGUCCGGCACUUGUAUUUUGCUGUAAGAAGACUCCUCCUUCAUUUUUCACAUCGCGUGCAUACUUUUAACAUGUCCAAAUAUAGAUCAUUUUUCAGUGGGGGGGGGG